AUGAGAGCUUUCAAAAGAACACCUCUAGUGGGCGUUUGCUUCAUCACUAAUUUCAAUCGAUACACAAGAACUCCAUCGAAAAAGAAAGAAGUGAACGAAAAGGUUGACUGGGCCAAAUACGAUAAAAUCAUCGAAACAGAGGAGUCCGAAUUGGCCGCUACUCCUUUGAUUCCAUCACUGAGUAAGGAAGGUAUGCCGGCGCUCGACUGGUGGUGCAAGUACUACGCUUCACUCGGCCAUCCUGAAAAAGCACCCGGAUAUGAGGAAUCCGGAAUGGAGUAUUUGACCGUGUUCAAUGAUGCACUGGAGGAUGUGAAUGGCUACAACGGAUUCGAGGAUUUUCUGGAUACGUUCAAGUUUGUGAAAAGCUCUCGGGGUAAUUACGACGAUCCUGAAGAAAAGGAGAAGAGUGGUGAACUAAAAGGAAAAGUCUUCAUCACGCCCAUCACCGGCAAAGACGAUACGGUACUGCUGGAUCCUCCCGGUGUCGAGUUUCUUGGUACGGUGAAGUGUCUUCUGAGGGUGUACAUCAUCGAGGCAAAGAGGCUAGUUUCACAACGUAAAAACGGCAUGUGCGACCCGUACCUACUCGUUAGGUGUGGAAAGAAAAAGAUAAGCUUGAAAAAGAAAUAUCGAGCCGACACACUCGAUCCAGUUUUUGGCGAAUUUGUUGAGAUGGAGGUGAAUAUACCAGUCGAGAAGGAUUUAGUUAUCACGGUGAUGCGAUAUAGGAAAGUAUCAGUGACGACAAAAUUGGCUCAACUAAGAUCGACCUCGAAAACCGACUUCUCACGAAAUGGCGAGCAACAGUCGGUUAGCGGCACCACAGGACCACGAUUCAGGGCGAAUGCAAUGGAGAGAUCAGCAAAACGCCAAGCAGAACGAUAUCGGGCUAAAAUCCUUGGCAUCGACUUUUGGUAUUCACAAGUUCAGCAAGAGAUGGACGAAGUCGAUAAGGCCAAGUGUCAGCGUGCCGCUGCCGGAAAGGAUGGCAGUGAGGCUGACAAGGAUAAAGAAGAUCCAGACAAGGAUAAAGAAGACGAUUCAAAGAGAAAAGGACAUGACGAUCACCAUGUGUUGAAGUGGCAACGAGGAGACGAGAUACGCGCUCAGCGGGCCUCAAUCGCUCAACAUGGCGAGCGACCAAAGGAAAAGGUAUUGACUCCCGAAGAAAAGCUGAGAGUCCGAAAAGCUGCGCGAGAAAGGAUCACCGGACGUCCAUUGCAACAA